UCAGGGGGUUGUUCUGGUUUUGCAUCGUGUACAGAGCAGUGGGGCUGCGCCUGAGGUGAGCCGGAGCUGGGCCGUAGAACUGCACUGGACGAUUUCAGCUUAUUUUUAGUGCAAGCGUGGUAGAUUCUUAUUUCUCUUGUGAACUUGAGCCUCCUUAGGUUUUAGGUGGCUUUGUGUUCAGGCCAGUCCUCUAUGUACUUCACAGAAGCAUGGUGAAGUUCAUUAAACGCUGGUUUGCAUCAGCUGAUUUCAGGACCUUUGAUGAAGAGCCAGUGCAAAAUGUUUUACUUAAAUUUUAAUUUGUUUUGUUACGUUUUCUCUUGCAGUUCCUGUUUCUAUUAAAAAAAAUACUGCAGGAAAGUACCAAGAAGUAGACUGUACUCUGUGAAGAGUGAGAAUUGUUUCUGUGAAGCGAAAGAUGAUGGUUGCAUUUUUGAAAGACGUAUUGUCAAGCUUAUUUAUCCAGUAGAAAAAGGAUUUGUUCUAGACCUGUUCUGGCAAACAAUCACAGCAAACCAGGAGAAAAGAGUAGGCUUUUGCAAACUAAACUAAAUCAACAAGUAUGCCUAUUUACCUCAUCUGCUGAAAAGUCCUUGGUUGGAUGGCCCAGGAGCUCUUCUAACUCCUUUUCACAGCUGAAAUGUGAAAAUUCUUAACAAAUGCAACAACUGAAAAUGUCUCACAAUCCUGACAAGCCACAUAAAAGUGAAGAAGAGUUGAGUGUUUCGGAGGAUGACCAAGAGGAGAGCGUGGACAAUGUGGGUCAGUCUAUCAGAAAAAGAAUACGACAGAGUGCUCCAGGUUCACACAGGGAUGAUACGCCAAAAUUUUGAUUUAUGUUACAGCUAGUCCUCCUCGGCUCGUGUCAAUGGAAGAGCUAAUGGAAACAGCUAAGGGAGUAACCAACAUGGCACUAGCACAUGAAAUUGUUGUUAAUGGAGACUUCCAGAUAAAACCAGCUGAAUUACCAGAACACAGCUUGGAAAAAAAAGUAAGAGAUAUUGUGCACAAAGCUUUCUGGGAUUGUCUGGAAGCCCAGCUAAAGGAAGAUCCACCAACGUAUGACCAUGCAAUUAAACUAUUGGGAGAAAUCAAAGAGACUCUCUUGUCUUUCUUGUUGCCUGGUCAUACUAGACUGAGAAACCAGAUUACAGAAGUUCUUGAUCUUGAUUUGAUAAAACAGGAGGCAGAGAAUGGGGCCCUGGACAUUUCUAAAUUGGUAGAAUUUGUUAUUGGGAUGAUGGGGACCCUCUGUGCUCCAGCUCGAGAUGAAGAAAUUAAGAAACUGAAAGAUAUUCAUGAAAUAGUUCCUCUGUUCAGAGCAAUUUUCUCUGUGUUAGACCUAAUGAAAAUGGAUAUGGCAAACUUCGCUGUCAGUAGCAUUAGGCCAAAAUUAAUGCAGCAGUCUGCUGAAUAUGAAAGAAAGAAGUUUCAGGAGUUUCUUGAGAAACAGCCAAAUUCUUUAGAUCUUGUCACAGACUGGUUGCAGGAAGCAGCAGAUGAUCUUGUAAAGCUGAGAUGUAAAAAGUUGCUUUCCCACUGCAGUGAUGAUGAUGAUGGUGCUGCUGGUGGAGCCUCUGCAUUGUACUCCACUGCUGUACAAAACCAGGCAUAUCUAAAGCUCCUGAAGUGGGAUCAUGUGAACAAGCCUUUUCCAGAAACUGUGUUAAUGGACCAGACCCGUUUUCAGGAAAUACAGCUGGAGCUGGAACAACUCCUGUUGACGGGGACUGUCCUUCUGGUCACAUUCAGUGCGGCAGGCUCAGCACUUGCUGGUAUACCUGGAUUUGCUGAGAAAAUUAAAACCAUUAUCAAGGUGCUGUUGACAGGAAUGCAUCUUCCCUCCUUUAACCUAAGGGAAUCUUUGGCUACCAUCAGUGAAAAGGUGUGUGCUGAAGUUAAUAGCUGCCUUUCCCAACAUGGGUUCACACCAUUCACGCCUGAGAGAGAGACUGUGCUUAAAGGACAAAUCCAAGCAGUGGGCAAUCCUGGUAACGCCAUAUGCAAGCUAAUAGAUUCUCGAAUUCAAAAGUUUCUGGAGAGUUAUCUUGCCUCUAGUCAUCAGAAAUCAUUACCUGCUCUUCCUGGAGGAUUAGGCCCUAUUCAGAGAGAGCUGGAAGAGAUUGCUGUCAAGUAUGUUCGUCUUGUCAACUACAACAAAAUGGUCUUCAGCCCUUACUAUGAUGCAGUCCUUGGCAAAAUACUGACUAAGGAGGAAUCUCAGCUCGUAAGGAAGUCAGAAGAAUCAUAAAACCAGUUUGUAUGCUACCACUAUGGUACUAACUUUGUCUGCUAUUUUAAAAAAUUGCACCAAUAUUUGUCUAGAAAACAGCUUUCCAUUUAAACACUGGUUCUUUGAAUUCACUAGUGAUGAUUGAGAAAAAUACAUGAGUUGCGGAAGGGGUUCUGAAAUGAAUGAUGAAAACGAGAUGGAUUUUUUAAUGUAAGUAUGCAGCCUGGGGGAUGGCUUGGUAGUCUCAUGGCUGCAAUUUUUAGAUUUUGAGCAGAUGCUAGGUAGGACAAGUUUGACAACCAAAUUGUGUCUUUAAAUGGCUCAUUUGAGGGCAUUUUACUCUCUAAUUUACCAGGAAGUUAGUUGUUUAGUCCAGAGCAGGUUAGCAAUGGUCCUUCCCAGCAGGGUGAUUUGGCUUUAAAAAAAAAAAAAAAAAAAAAAAAAAAAAAAAAAGCUUACUUAAAGACUGAGGUAGUAAGCUAAAAUUCUAGAUAUGAGAAAUUUUAACAGGCAAAAAACAAAGCCAAACAGCACUUUAUUGUAACAUUAUAGUUAGUAUGGUAGACUACUAGUUUUUUCUGCAUUUUUAAUAGCAUUUUUUUGCUGUUUACCUGCAGAUGUUACAAAAAACAUAAUAUAUUUUUGUAGCAUAUUUUCUGGUUAUUGGGUAACUGUCCUCUGCUAUGUACAGUACUUACAAAGGUGGCAAUCUUAUAGAUUGCAGCUGUAUUUAUUUCUUGUAAAGACUUCAGAAGGGCAGAGCUAAAAUGUUUUGAUAAAAGUGGCAUUUCUUACCUUUUUUUGCUAGUAGUUUACUCCUUUUUAUGUGAAAUACUAAUUUUAAAGUGAAUCUGUCAUUUUCAGAAGGUGGAUUUAAAAUGUGUGAUUCUUUUGGCUGAAAAAUUGUACUUGUUUUUUAAAACUACAACUUGAGAUGGUUGCAUAUUCAAUCAUGUCUUCAGAAAUAUCCAGGAAGUGCAGAGUACUAUCAGAAGUGUAAGUGAUUUUAAACAUAGAGUGGGACAUAAAUGAUAUAAUGUUGAUUUGAAUAAACAGGGAGUAUUUUUGGUAGAUUUUUUUCACUUUGUAGAGAUGUUCUUGAAACUUAAAAUAUUUUUAGAUCUUGAAUUUAAUUAACUACAUGUUGUAUAGAUGGGUGUUCACAGAACAUCUCAGUGAUCUUACAGCCUUUAUACUGUAAUUUCAAUAAUAUUAUUAAUAUUCAAAUUACAGUAUAUAAUAUUUAAUAACCUAAUAUUGUAGUUUCAGACUGGGUUAGGAGGUAAGUACAUCUGAAAUUCUCUAGUUACUGAGUGCAGCACUGUAUUACCAUAGUCAAAAUGUGAUGACUUUAUGAAAGCAGAGUUCAUAGUCAUGAACAGUGUCACAAUAUUAGAGGCUGUAUCCACAACAAAAUAUUGUCUCUUAAAAAAAAUUACAUUAAAAAAAAAAACCCUCUUAAAUGAUAACUUCCAGCUUCAUUUUAUUGAUCAACUAAUCAAUCAAAAUAAUAGAACUUGUAGAAGAAAGUACUUGAUGAUGAAUCAGUGUUGAUGCUUCCUUUCUAGUUUCCCUUUAAAUGUCAGCAUGGAUAUAGCUGCAGUAGCUUUGAGUAGGGAGGAAGAUAGAAUAAGACAAGACCUUUUACUCCAUAUUAGGCUAUGCAACUAGAAAACAAAUCUUUUCUCAUUCAUUACAAAACCCCCUUCCCCCAAGAAAAAAGUCUUGUAAGAGAUCACUAGUUCAGAAAAAAGCCUAUGGAAAAAGUAUCUGAUGCCAGAAUGAGUGGGACUGAAAGGGUAAGAAAGAUUAUACUUGCUUAAUCUGGGAGAUGGCUGCUUCCAGUUCUGCAGUUCAGCAUCCAGGUGUCCACAAGUGCCAGCUGCUGCUUGCGCUGCCCUCAGAGCAUGGAUUGUGCAGCUGGCAGUGCCUGGUUGUUGCUCGCAGGGUCAGUGCAGUAAGUAAAGCCCAGCUCUCUUCUCAGCAAGGGUUGGCGCCUAAGGUUUCAUGGAAAAAAGGGUGCAGGCCCCACAUCUGGCUUCUGUCUCACCUUUGGGUGUUACACGCAGCUGGGAAAUGAGUGCCUCAGUGGUUGGAUUUUAUAGGCCUUUGCUGUUACUACCUAAUAAUAAGGAUCCAGCGUAACUGUAGUAAAUGCCCACAAGUGCAUCAUGAUAGUCCGUGUCUCUAAGUCUUCUUUAAAAGACCUGUACAGAUACUGUUAAGUAAGUGGCAAAGUAAGGAGGGAAAAAAAAAAAAAAAAAAAAAAAAGAUAAGGCUAGGCCCUACCUCCCUCUGUGAAUAUUUAUGCAGUUAUAUGUAUGCUGUUUUACCUCUUAGUCUGGUAGAUAGUAGCGCUGACCUAGAGUCAUCUGUCCUCCUGAUGGUAGGAAUGUCUUUCUACUUGUUUGAAUAUCUUACUUCCCUAUAGUUCAUAGGGGUUCUUAUGGUCUUAUGAGGGUGCAGUAUGAAAUAGUCAAUUACAAGUUAAAAAUCUGAAAUAUGCAUAGGAAGUGCUUCAAAAGUUCAUAUACCAUUUCUGUUAGCGUGUUUGACAAUAACAGGUUAACCUAUGUAGCUAAUAUAUUAACAUUUAGCUUUGUACAUUAUUAAAUAGAAGACCAGUGCAGUUAUCCAGGGCCAGAUUGUGUUAACUAAUACUCCUGGACAAUCCACAUUAGAAAUAUGUAUUGAAAUUGUCAUAUUAUGCUGUCUUCUUUAAAAAGUCAUGGCAUUAAGAGCAAAAGCAUACUGUGUCUUCUAGAAAUAUGGAAGAAAAAUUAAUUCUAGUAUAUAUGGUCUGAUCAGUUUCCUGUGAUGGUUUUAAUUCUUAUUAACAUCGCUUUUGAAGUAGCUGAGUGAUAUCUAGAAAAAAAUGUUUGAAUAAAACCGGAAUGAGGCAUGAUGUUAUCGAUAUCCUUUUAUUUUAAAGGAAUGUUUUUUCCAUUUUCAACUACAAAACAGAUUCCAUACAUUCUGCCAUAAAUAAAAACGAACAAUAAGGCAGGACACUACAUGAACAAACUGAGAACAACUGUUUUCCAGAAAGUGUGAAUUAAAAAUGCUUCACAAUUAUAAGCCAUCCAGUUUUUAAAAUAAAACUGUUGAAAACCCACAAGAUUUCAAGUGGUCGAUGUGAACAUCCUUGAAGAAGGAACAAAAUGCAGUUUAGUCAUUUUGUACUUUUGUUUUUGAAAACCUAAUUUUGUUCAGAGCACGUUCUAAGGUUGUUCUGUCUGUUUUCGGUUCAAGAACAAUAUGGGAGAAGAGGCACCACAGUAACAAAACCAUUUCAAGAUUUUUUUUGUUUGCAGCUGUCCCUUUUAAAUGCUUGACUUUUAAGAGACAGACAAACUCAAUACAAGUCUUUGUCUAUCACAGUAGAAUUCGAGACUUGUUUCACCGGAUUCUCUUUUGUUGUCGUGCUCUGUAAAUGUCAUGAACAGGGGGAACUACUGAUCCUUUCUCCUCAUCGUCAUCAGAAUCUUCAUUUGGUCUCUUGACAGCCUUAUUGAGCAUAGCAUUAUUUUCCACAGGUCCGUUGCCUUCCACAGUUAUUUCAGGUAGGCCUCCAGUAAUUAUUCUUACAGCUUCAUCAACAGCUGUAGAACAAGAAAAAGAUUAGUUUAAUUUGUGAAACUAAAUUCCCUGAUUAGAAAGGUGUUUCAGCAAAGUUGAACAGAAUUUCAGGUAUGCUUUUGGAAUAAGAAAAAAGGUAAGAAAAACUAAAGAGCAUUCAGACAGGCACACCAAGAUGGACACAUCGUGGAGAUUUCUGGAACACAAGGUAUUUUGCCACCUUACUUCUCCUACAAAAGUUAGGAGGAAGAAUUAAAUCUCAACUCUCUAAAACUCUUACCUAUGGCAAACAGUAAUUAUAAAGUAAAUGCUGCUACUUCAAAUUGAGACCUCUUUUUACACAAGUAUUGAGGUCAGUUACAAGCUUAAUAAAAUAAGAAAGCCUAUUGGGAAACUGUGCACAUGUUCAUGAUACAUCAGAAAGAUGCCAGCAAGUCUGUUUCUGCUUAUGAACAGAGACAAAGUUUGAAAAAUAUCAUAUAAUUUAAAUAGAAGGUGCUUUAUUUUCCCUCUAAACAAAACUAAAUCCUAGCUUUGUCUCUGAUCAUGUUACUUACAGUAACAGAGGGGAUGAGAAGUUGCAUAUUAAUCAUCUGCUGUAGUUGUUCACAUGAAGACUGGGGUAUGGAUCUGUCUUCUGUUUAUAUUUCAGAAAUUUACCUUUUUUGUAGCAGCUAAGACAACACAAUUCUUGAAUUGUUAGCAGACACUGCAACAAUCUGCAUUCUGAGUUAUAUCCAACAAUGGACUUCACAUACCAACAGUCUGUAACUUAAUGAGUUAAAGUUCUUAUACAAGUAGAGAUGAUGCCUUCCUUCUUCUAAAGUAUAUUUGGAAAAUAAUUUCUUUCAUGUUUACCACAGAAAUUGUAUAAUUAGGCAUGUUGUUACUAAAGUAGCAGCUGGUGAUUCUCAGCUUUUUUACUUUUUGUUUAUCUCCACAGUUAAAUGUGCAAACAUCUCUAUGUAGAUUCCAGCCUACAAACAUAACCUCUUCAACAGCAUACUGUUAAAUAAUAAUUAUACAUCUGCAUCUAUAAAUGAGGUCUGGACUUUACACUGUAAUAUACAUAUGUAAAAUAAAAAUCACACGUGGUACUACCACAGACUCCUAGAGUGCACAAAUGACUUACUUUCUGGCAAUUUGCAUCUUCUGAAUAUCUCCAUGAGUUCAUCCACUUGAACAAAGGGACCCUGA